AUGGUUUGGCUUCUGUGGCUUUCGGUGGCCAUAAGUGUGGUCGUCCACUGGAUCUACAAGGUAAACAAAGACUACAACAUCUUGGCCUUUUUUGCCCGGAGGGUUCGAACCAAGGAUGGCAAACCAUUGGACAGCGUAGUGCCCAUGCCCAAGGGUCGAACUGUGUUCGCCAACUGCUUCGAUCUCUUCGGAAAAGACUCUGACCAGGUAUUCACUCACAUGCGCCAGUUGGCGAAGAAAAGCGGAGACAGCUAUCUGCAGUACGCCAUGGGGUUCUCCACCUUCAAUGUUAUAGAUGCGCAUAAUGCAGCGAACAUACUGAAUGAUCCCAAUCUGAUAACGAAGGGCGUAAUAUAUAAUUUUCUACACCCUUUCCUAAGAACUGGCGUUCUAACAGCGACAGAAAAGAAGUGGCAUACGCGACGCGGUAUGCUCACUAGGACAUUCCACAUGGACAUAUUGAACCAGUUCCAAGAAAUCUUUAUAGCGGAAAGCUUGAAGUUCGUUAGUCAGUUCGAAGGACAAAAUGAAUGUAUAGUUUCCUUGAGGGACCGCAUAGCCAAAUUUACCCUGAACAGCAUUUGUGAAACUGCCAUGGGAAUCAAACUGGAUGAAAUGGCAGAGAAGGGCGAUCGCUACAGGGAGAACUUUCACAUAAUCGACGAAGGAUUUACCAGGCGCAUAGUAAACCCGCUCUACUGGGACGAUUGUGUAUACAACAUCUUUGCAGGACACAAGUACAACGCAGCUCUAAAAGUGGUACACGAAUUUUCCAGCGAGAUAAUCGCGAAACGCAGAGUUCUACUUGAGGAGGAGCUGGAAAAUCGAAGAGCCACUCAAACGGCUGACGAUGAUAUAUGCGUGAUUAGGAAGAAGCGCUUCGCCAUGCUGGACACCUUGAUUUGCGCCCAAAAGGAUGGACUAAUCGACGAUAUUGGGAUUUGUGAGGAGGUGGACACGCUGAUGGCUGAGGGUUACGAUACCACAUCCAUUGGUCUGGUUUUCGGACUAAUGAAUAUGUCUCUAUAUGCCGCUCAACAGGAACUUUGCUACCAGGAGAUCCAGGAGCACAUUCUGGACGACCUGAGCAACCUGAACCUAAGUCAACUAAGUAAACUAAAAUAUCUGGGCUACUUCAUAAAGGAAACCAUGCGCCUGUAUCCUUCGAUUCCCAUUAUGGGUCGUCAGACACUGCAGGAAACGGAGCUGGAGAAUGGUCUAAUCCUGCCGAAGCGCUCUCAGAUUAAUAUACACGUCUUUGACAUCCAUCGCAAUGCCAAGUACUGGGAAACCCCCGAAGAAUUCCGCCCAGAGCGAUUCCUACCCGAGAACUGCCUGAAAAGGCAUCCUUACGCCUACAUUCCAUUCAGUGCUGGACAAAGGAACUGCAUAGGCCAGAAGUACGCCAUGCAGGAGAUGAAGACCCUGAUGGUGGUCAUCCUCAAGCAAUUCAAGAUCCUGCCUGUUAUCGAUCCCAGGUCCAUUGUCUUCCAAGUGGGCAUAACCUUGCGCUUCAAAAAUAAAAUAAAAGUCAAGCUUGUGAGGCGGAAUUGCGUUUAGUGUUUAUCGAUUUAAGGAUAUUCCUUACAUGCUUACUAAGUGUAAAAUUGAUUUAAGUGCGCUGCUGAUAUUAGAUGACUAACUAGCCCUGACUUUCCAAUGCUAAUCGUCGUAGCUUGAAGCAAUACAUUGGACGAAUAAUGUUAACAAUAAAUGAAUCAGAAAUUA